AAACUCACCCAUUCCAUCAUCGUCGCAACCACAUCGAAUGCUCUCGUUUUCUUGUUACUGGACCUAAUAAAACCGCCGACGUCUCCAGCCAUACUAUAAAUCAACAUGGCCCAACUUAUUGAUAAAGCAGCCCUCGCACAGGAGUGGGAAUCGUUUAAAACUCCGCCGGCCAGGGACGUUCAGCCGCCUCCUAAAGUUGGUGACCAGGCCCCUGUCCACCCGAACCUCCCGCUGCCAGCCGAUAAGCCCACCCUGAUUGUAUUCCUACGCCAUUGCGGCUGUCCUUUCGCUGAGAAGACCUUCAAGGCCCUCGCCAAGAUCUCCGCCAAGCACCCCGAAAUUCACUGUGUUGCCAUCUCGCACUCCUCUGCGGAAGCAACAGAACGUUGGGUAGUGCAAGUUGGCGGUACGUGGGACGUCGAGGUAGUAGUCGACCACGAGCGGGAACUCUACGCGCAAUGGGGCCUGGGAAUCUCCACGACAUGGCACGUGCUAAACCCUCUAUCGCUCUAUCGCACGCUGCAGCUAGGCAAGCAGGAGAACAUCUGGAACCGUACGACAGAAAGCGGCACGCGUUGGCAGAUUUCCGGUGCUUUUGCUUUGGACAAAGACGGUAUCGUGAGGUGGGCUCACGUCGCCGCAACGGCCGACGACUUGUCCAAGCUCGACGAGGGAGUGGCUGCCCUUGGCGUCAAAGAAGGGGCCAAGCAUUAGGAUGGCUUGCCCGCGGGCGAGGAAGAGGGUUUUGCGGAUGAUGCUUUCGAGCUGGUGGAUGAUGACAUUUGUUCGGUGAAUGCGGAUACCCAGGACGACAGCGGAAAGAGCGAGACUUAUGGUACAUGGCUGUGAUGGACUCAAUGAGAACGGGAUGGUGCAACACGC